AUGACUUCAAAGUUUCUCGGUCUGUUCCGGCGAGCAAAGAAAACCAAGGAAUCGAAUCCGUCAAAUAACGAAAAACAGGUACCAGAAUCUGUAGAGGAGGAUCCUUAUGAAGAAGUACCAGGAUCUGUAGAGGAGGGAAUUUAUGAAGAACUGUUUGCAGCAGAAAAAAAUGCUUCACCAGAAAAAAUUGCUGCACCAGAAAAAAAUGCGGCACCAGAAAAAAAUGCUGCUGUGAGGUCAGUGUUGUCACCUGGAACUAGAGUGGUAGGAAAAUAUGAUUUCAGGCGUAGAACAAGAGAGGACUUGCCGUUUAGAAAGGGAGAAUUUCUCGUCAUUGAAAGUGUUACUAGGGACCCCAACUGGUAUAGAGUAGUUAAUUGUAAUGGACGAAGAGGGUUCAUUCCUUACAACUUUGUUAAGGAACUAAGCCCUGUGGAAUUCAUGCCCAUGCCUCACAGAUGGUUUCAUGGAAAUAUAAGCAGAAUAGAGGCUGAGAGGCUCCUCAACCCUCGCGAAGAAGGAGCGUUUCUGAUAAGGAACAGUGAAAAAUAUCAGGGGGACUAUACUCUUUCGGUCUGCUAUGCUAACGAGAUUGAACACUACAGAAUCAGGACGACGGAUGACGGAAAACUUACAGUUGACGAUGAAGUUGUUUUUGAAAGUCUUUUUGAAUUUGUAGAGCAUUAUUCAAGGACAACGGAUGGACUUUGCACGAGGCUAGCAGAACCCUUGCAUAGUGGAACAUUUAACACUGGUGUUUCUCGAAGUUCCUUUUAUAAAGGUGGGUGGGAAAUAGACCGCAGUUGCCUUUAUUCCAAGGAUUGCAUAAGAAGAGGAGACUUCGGGAAUAUUUUUCAAGCUGAAUACUUGGAUCAGAAGGUGGCUGUGAAAAUAUAUUCAGCAGAGAGAUAUCAAGAUGUUCAGGCGUUUUUGAUAGAGGCUGCCAUCAUGACGAAUUUACAACAUAAAAAUAUUGUGACAAUACUUGGUGUGUCUUCGGCCGAAAACCCUCUUUACCUUGUGACACAGUUUUGUGCAAAGGGAAAUUUAUUGGAAUUCUUGUCGAGAAGCGGCACAGGUACACUCCAGGAAGAUGAUCUUGUGGGACUUGCUGCGGAUGUAGCUGAUGGUAUGAGGUAUUUACACUCCAAACAUGUGGUUCACAGGGGGUUAAUGGCGAGGAAUAUUCUAAUCCACGAAGAUGGAACAGCAAAAGUGUCAGAGUUUGAACUUGCACAGGUGCCAUCUUUAAGCUCUGAGCGGAAAAAUACUUCUGACAAGUGGACAGCUCCAGAGGCAAUCAGGCGGGGGGAAUUUUCCUCCCAGUCCGAUGUAUGGAGUUAUGGCGUCUUAUUAUGGGUGCUUUUUUCGUUUGGUGAAAAUCCGUAUUCGGAUAUGCCCGCAGACCAAUUAGUCGACAAGAUCGAAAGCGGGUAUCGAAUGGAAUGUCCUAUAGGAUGUAAUGCCGUCAUCUAUGGUAUGAUGAGCAACUGCUGGGAUAUUGAUCUAAUGGAACGUCCGAAUUUCAAAGAGAUUUGUGAAUUGUUGGCCAAAUUUUUUUUUGACGAGGUGCCUCGAGAGAUUCGUGCACGAGGAAGUUUGGCUUUAAGGGCCUACAAAAAGGCCCUGUCAGAGGGGAGGACAUGUAUCAAACGCGUGCCAAUCAUGUUAAUUGGACAGGACCGCUCCGGAAAAACCAGCUUGGCGAAAUCUCUCAAAGGAGAGCGAUUCAAUCCAGAGGAGGAUAGCACCGUAGGCAUAGACGUUGAUCCUUCUCAUUUCAAAGUGUCAACUGAGAUUUGGAAACCAGGAGAGAAAGACGAACAACGAAAUGUUGAGAGGGCAUGGUCUUAUGAGCAUCAUGCAGCGCGCUUGAUCGUCCAAACUUUGAGUGAGGAAGAAAGCGCUCUCGAAGAAGAGAGUCCAGAAUCUGAUCUGAUUGAACACCUUGUGCCGGUGGAAUCAGUCGAGAUAAGCGAGCGCGAAGAUAUCGUUUCAUCAUGUGCACGAGAUGAGAAUAUGGUAGAUAGCUCUUCACAAUUUGAAGGGGACAUAUAUCCCAUACCUGCAGCUUCAGUAGCAACUAACACAAUCAGCCAUGACUCCGUUUCCUACUCUGAGGGUGAAGACUUACCUGGGGGUUCGGAUUCCAUCUCUGUGUCACACGAUCACACAAUCAGCAAUCAAAGCCCUGCUGGCGAUAUCCGAACUGUGCCAGAUGAUGUUGCAAGUUUAGUUGAAGCUUUCUUGCGAGAUGAUAAUGACUUAGAACGCGAAGAGGAUAUAUAUUCCGUUUUGUGGGAUUUUGGCGGACAGACAGUUUACUACAAUACCCACCCACUCUUCCUUACGUCGAGGGCAAUAUACAUUUUGGUGAAUGACCUCAGCCGGCACCUGCACGAUAAAGCAAAAUCAGUUAUGAAGCAAGGAAUGUUCACGAAAUUACAGGACAGCUUUCGUUUGAAAACAAAUGCCGAUUAUCUUGAUUUUUGGAUGUCAUCUGUUGCAUCUCUCGCCAUUCAGGACAAAAGUAACUCUAAAAAGAUGAAAUCUGACUUGUUGCCUGAACUUCCACCGGUGUUUUUAGUUUGCACUCACGCUGACAAACCUUGUGAUGGAGGAGAUCCUCGUGAGCUUGGCAGGAUGGUAUUUGGUUACCUACAGACCAAACCUUACAAGAUCCACCUACAUGAUGUCUUUGUUGUGGAUAAUACCAAGUCUGGCCAUGAACUGGAAUGUCCAGAAGUCUUGCGCCUGCGCCAGGAAAUUCGUGCCGUCGCCAAGGAGCUACCUCACAUGAAGGAAGCAGUUCCAAUCAAGUGGCUUAAGUUUGAAAAAGAAAUGCAAGCCAAGAAAGAUGAGGGUAACAAGUGGAUUUCCCUUGAAGAGACAAAAGAAGUUGCUCGGGAGGUGUGUAACGUUUCUGACGAAGAAGAAUUUAGAACUUUACUAAAUUUUUUGCAUGAUCAAAGAGUUUUAAUACACUUUGAUGACACUCUAGAGCUGAGUAAAAUGGUAGUCUUGGACACUCAGUGGUUGAUCAAUGUUUUUAAGGAGGUUAUUACCAUUCGGCCAUUUGACAGCAAGGAGAAAAAAUUCAAAGAGCUCUGGUUUAGGCUUGAAAAAGAAGGAGUCUUGGAGGAACCUCUUUUAGAACAUGUUUGGGGUCCUUUAUAUCGCAAAGAGGAUACUUGCCAAAGUCUCAUUGCUAUCAUGGAGAAGUUCAGUUUACUUUGCUCUUGGCCUUCUUCGGAUGGCUCACGUGGUAAGCAGUACCUAGUGCCUUCCAUGUUAAUGUCACACCCACCAGAAGAAAUAAUGGAGCUGAUUGCAUCUGCAGAAAUUCCCUCUCUUUUUCUUAAAUUUGAGACUGGACAAGUUCCACCUGGCUUGUUUCCCCGAUUGGUGCUGCAGGUUUUACAGUGGUGCAAACAAGAAUGUGCCAGCCCAGAGCAACCUCAGCUAUACCAAAAUUUUGUCAGAAUUUAUCGUUCUGAAGAAGUAAAUUGCUCCGUAAUCCUUCUGUGCCAUAUGUCAUCAAUUGAAGUCGUUGUUCAUAGAGGCAAUGGCGGUGACGAGGUGGCACAACCUUCUAAGUCUGCGGUUAGUUCGCCUGUAAAUAGUAACCAUGACCCCUUUGCUUGUGCAGUACUGAGGCAACUCGAAUUGAUGCUUGAGUCCAUGCGAAGGGAAUUCUGUUGGCUACAGAAUAUGAAAUAUGAAGUGAGUUUCUUGUGCCCUGUUUGUUGUGAAGGAGGUGUCGUCAGCUACUGCCGCACACAUCUUUCAAAAGGCUGCAAGCAAGAAGAAUGCUUGCACUUCUGGCCCGAGUCAGAGUUGUGCAGCGGAAAGAAGAUCAUAGGUUGCACCAGAUCUGCAGUUGCUAAGAUGAACAGAGUGUUGGUGAAAGACUUCGAGCCUUGGUUUUCUCCUAUGAGAAAUCAGCUGACUAUUGAUAAAUGUGAUGGCGGAAACUUAGCGUCAGUUGAAGACGAUGAGGAAACUUUUUCUGCCGACGAGGUUCUACAAAUCCGUUUAACACAACAGCGAGACGACCAAACUAUUUCGCCGCAAUUAAAGGGGAGUCUGCAGCUGGAGGGAGCCUGUCCUGAUACCCCGGACUUUGAGUCCAAAAGUGGUGAAAUGUUGCCUAAUCUGGGUAAAACUACCGCAACCACCGAAAUUUGCCUACCUGAUAAUGUUGAACAAUCCCUCCUGUCAGCGUCGUGCGACGCCAAAGAGAUUGUUCAUCAACUGAAGGAGAACCUGCAAUUAAACAAAGACGUUCUUGAAAGGCCAGACCAUGACACUAAGAAAAUAAUCCGUAGUCUGGCACAGAAAGCAAAAGAUUUAAAGAGGCUUGAUGUCUUCGAACAUUUAAGAGAGAUUGCACCGGCUGGAACUACUGGUCCUUUACUUCCUGAAAACCUUCCUGUUCAAGACAUGCCAAUCAUUAAAGCGAGGGACCUUACAAUCAGCUUAGCUGGUGGCGAUGAGUGGAUGGAGCUUGCUGAAGGACUUGGACUGACUCCAUCAGAGAUUCGUUUUCUUGACAAGCGUACACUGAACCCAAUGGAAGCAGCUUUAUCUUUUAUAACCAGACAGCGCUUCGUAAGCGUGGGUGAGCUGUACGAAUUGUUGAAUGAACGUGACCUUCCUAUGUUGGCUGAUCUUUUGUAGGAGGAUUGUCUGACCUCAGCGUAUUGUUGAUUUUAGGUAACGGUCAUUCUGAGUUCUUCAAGGACCCUAUAUGCCUGAAUGUUUGGGCUUAUAUCUUUGCUUCGCCCAAAAAGAAAAAAAAAACAGAAAAAAAAACUAGGAAGUGAGGUUUAAAACCCCUCAUUAUUAUGCUGGGGAUCCGCUAGAAGGCUUUAGAACUGAUACACUUGGUAAUAUUAGGGACUUUAGCUUUAUGUAUUAUACUUUUGAGGAGUUUUUCGUUCGGUUCUAUGCCUUGUCUGUUAGACAUAGGACUGCCAACCAUUUGCCCAUUGCUAUUCGGUCAUCGUUAGUCGUACGCGAGAUUAACAAAAUUGAACCACCGCAAAGCGGGACUCCGCUUUGUUUAUCACAGAUAUGAUCACGGACCGAAUUAGACGACACUUAGUCUUGUUGCCAAGUAAUCCUAACCAUUGCAAUUUCCGAGAAAAAUAAAGUGGAUUAAUUGAAAGAGGGGCUCGUUAUUCUUAUUUUGAAACACAUUACCUCAUGGAGAGGAACAUUGAAAAGCUCUAAACAUAGUGUCUCCAGCUUGGGAUGGUAAGCCAUUGCCAUGGUUAUUCGAAUCAAUUCAGUGAUCGAUGGAUUGAUUUGAGUAUACUAAUUUGAUCGAUCACACUGUCCAAGUACAACUCUACAGAUUUAUUAGUAAGAAAUAAAGGAGUUCAUCCACCAAUCACAUUCGAAGAAAUUGUAAUGGUUAUAAUUUGUGAUAUAAGGAAAACUUGCUCAAGGCGUUUUAUAGAGUACUCGAUAUAGUAAGAUUUGGGUAAUGUUUGGUAAAGGACUGGUAUAUCCAUUUAAGUAAAAUGACAUAGUGGAGAUGGAGUAUCACUGCUUUAAGAAUUUCUGAUUCAUUUUUGUUGGCUAUAAAGUUAAUGAAAGGACCUAGAAGUUUCAAAGCGAAAUAUACUUCUUUGGAAAGUUAUUGCGUCGAUGAAAUUCAGAUUCUUACCUCGUAGUAUUUCAAUACAGUUAAUGUCUGAUGAAUCUGAUGUUUUAAAUGUAAAGGUAAACUAAUCGUAUAUUAGAGAUACUUACUUAAGUACCAAAAGUUACAUGAAGCGCGAAAUUCGAGUAAUGUUGUUCUCUGAGGCAAUGAAUGAAGCUAUUCACAGAUUUUUAAUUAAGUAACGUUUGCAUUUCAAUGGUUGCACUCAGUUCUCAAAAUCAUGAUUAAAUAAGCGCUUGCCAUCGGUCACAGCGGUUUACGUUUGAAAGCGAACUAAGGCUUGGUUGAUCUUCUAGAGAAAAAAAUAAUUCAUUUCUUGCCUCUUUGAGGAAAGCUUUUGAGAUAUUACGCAUAUCUGAAAUGAAUUAGA